GUUGGUUUAAUCUGUGUUGUUAUUCAUUAUUAAUAAAAAAAUUGAUUAUGUUAUGUGUAUUUGAAGUUGUCAAUAAUUUGUAUUUUACUCUACAGUUUUUCGCAUACUUCCUAAAUAAAAUGAUUUACUCUUAAAAAUUAUGAAAACAAUCAGUCAAAAUGCUAACUAUUAGAGUUUAUUAAAGGUUUUAAGCAUUUUAGUAUUACAAUAAUUGACUAAUGAGUGGAUAAGGUUUUCAAUUAUUUACUAUGUUUAACUAAAGUAAAUGAAAUGUAUGGAUAAUGAAGAGGAAUCGUGAUGUAUUAGCAAGUAUGAAUCCAAAUACAUUGGUUGUACAAAAUGUCACUAUCUAUUUACAAAUAAUUUUCAAUAUAACAAGUGACAAAAAAAUUAUUAUCAGCUGGGACAUACAACACCACAAGGCACUUUGGCUGGUUGCUGUAAACCAAAAAUAAUUCAUGCACGAAUUACUUUGACUUAAAACGCAAAAUGACUACAGAAAGUCCUACGGGGAUUUCAGCAGAAUUUCAAAAUCAUUUGCGAUCGGAAUGUGAACACAAACUUAAUGAAACAGUUCAUACAUAUCCAAGUUCACAUUUCUGCCGGGGAACGUUUGAUGGAUGGCUUUGCUGGGCAGAUACUGAAGCCGGAGUCACCGUUCACCAACCGUGUCCAGAAUUCAUUUCUGGAUUUGAUCCAACGAGAACUGCUUAUAAGAUUUGCAAUAAAAAUGCUACAUGGUUCAAGCAUCCAAUAUCACGAGCAGUCUGGUCCAACUACACAACUUGUAUUAACCAUGAAGAUUACAAUUGGACACAACAAAUCAAUACCAUUUAUCAAACCGGGUACUUAGUUUCAUUCAUUGCGCUCCUGCUGUCUAUUGCCAUUCUUACCUAUUUCAAGUCUCUGAGAUGUGCACGCAACACAUUGCACACGCACAUGUUCACGUCGUUCGCUAUCAAUAACCUCCUAUGGCUGCUGUGGUACAGGCUGGUCGUCGAGCAUCCGUCAGUCGUACUUCACAACGGGUGGUGGUGUCAAAUACUACACGUUAUUCUGCACUAUUUUUUGCUAACCAACUAUGCAUGGAUGUUGGCUGAAGGUUUUUAUUUGCACACUCUUCUUGUGUUUGCCUUUACGUCCGAAGAUACUCUGGUCCGAUGGUCUUGGACAUUGGCCUGGUCAACUCCGUUGGUCGUCAUUUCGCUGUACACAUUACUACGAACUAUCAACGACCACACGUCCGAGUGUUGGAUCAACGAGUCGCCGUUCACGGAGGUGCUGGUGGUGCCCGUGUGCAUGUCGAUGGCUCUUAACCUGGUGUUCCUGUGCAACAUCGUCCGAGUCCUAUGGGUGAAGCUUCAGGCCGGCCCGUCUCAUCUGUCCAACAGCACGCCAUCACGAACGCUGUUGCAGGCGUUCAGGGCCACGCUUUUGCUGCUGCCACUGCUCGGACUCCACUACCUGCUCACGCCGUUCCGGCCGCCCAAACAACAUCCUUGGGAACCGUUUUACGAAGUCGUGUCAGCCACCACGUCAUCAUUUCAAGGACUUUGUGUAGCAACGUUAUUUUGCUUUCUAAACGGAGAGGUCGUCGCCCAAAUCAAGAGACGGUGGCAAUUCAUGUUUUUCCGGACGAGGGCCAACUCGUACACAGCAACAACGGUCUCGGUACGUCAGGGGAAAAUGGUUGAUUUGAAACACGUUUUUGUUUGUGUGGCAAGGAUGUAUUGCUAAAAACCCGGGUGGUCACGGAUCUGAGUGCUAGCAAUAACGACGGUUUGUAAGAUCGACCGCAGGUCCAGGCGAUAACGAAGAUAAGGUUUAGAGGCAAGAUGUGGUCAUAAGACGGCAUUUUUCAAUGGAAUAUUAAUCAAUUUUUUUUCAAAUAACAGUAUGCAUAUAAUAAAUGAUAUGUGUAUAUAAAUUUGGCACUUGUGCAGCUUCACAACACAACAGUAAACUUAUCUGAGUUUGUAUUUAAUGUUAUAAUUACAAUUCUAUAAAUAAAAUUUUUAUUAUUAUUCAUAAUAAACUAUUAUGUACAGUUAUUGUUAAAUAUUGUAUUUGUGUAGAUUAUCAAAACGUAUAACAGUUACCCUAAUACGACCUAUAUUAUUAAAGCUCUAUAAAUAUUAUGUAAAU